AUGAAACUGGUAAAGAAGGUGAAGCAGCUGGAAGAACGGCUGGAGAACACAUCGAAGACAUUGGCAGGGGAGAGAGGGUUAAAAACGAAGUUUGAAGCUAAAAGGAAAGAAUUUGAAAAGGAACUCAAAAAGGAACAGUCUGAUCGUGAAGAGAUGGAGCGAAUUAAGCAAAAAAUAGAGACAGAGCUCGGUAAAACCAAAGCUGAGGUAGAAGAGAUGAAACGGAAGCUGCAGGAACAGAUGAAUGCACUAUCUGAGGAAAAGGCAAAGCAUGAAACAAGAAAUAUAGAACUUGUCAGACAUGAGACGUUGCAGGUAGCUGAAAUGCGGGAAAAACUGGAGAAAAUGUGGAAGACUCUUGCCGAAAAGGAGGAACUGAGGGCAAGGCAUGAGGAUCGUAGCAAAGAUCUAUGGAUGAAUCUCCAGAGGGAGCUGACCAUACGUCAAGGGGUAGAGCGAAGCAAACAACAAAUCGAGAGAAAGGUUAAGCAGUCUAAGUAG